UUUGGUCUCGUUCUGUUCUUAUCUCAAGGAACAUUUAUCUCUUAUUGUUCUUCUGUAGAAAGCAAUAAUUUCUACUCUUUGGAAACUAACAUGAAGAACUAAAUACCCUGAUAAAGUUUUCACGUCACUAAAAAGAUAAAUAUAUAUUUUCUGCAAAACAAAUUGAUAGAGUAUAAAAACAUAUGGUACAGUGGGGAAAGAUAAGAUAGAUAGGUGUGUGUGAGGGAAAGAAAAGAAAGAUGUCAGGGCCUGAAUGCUGUUCAAACCCACCAAUCCUUAGCCCAACUGCAGGAAAUGGAACUGUGGAGAAACUGGGUGCUCUUGACUGCUAUCUCACUGCCUCUCCUCACUCUAACUUCGCCGUUCUUAUGCUCUCCGAUAUUUUCGGAUAUCAAGCGCCACUUUUAAGGAAACUUGCUGACAAAGUUGCAGCUGCUGGGUAUUAUGUGGUUGUUCCUGACCUCUUGGAGGGUGACCCCUUUAAGCCUCAUGAUUCUCUCAAUGACUUACCUGUUUGGUUAAAAGAUCAUGGACCCGUGGAGAAAGGUGCUGAAGGUUCAAAACCCGUAAUUGAAGCCUUAAAAAGUAAAGGCUUUUCUGCAAUCGCUGGUGUUGGUUUUUGUUGGGGUGCUAAGGUCGCGGUUGAACUUGCCAAAUCCAGACUGAUCCAAACAGCAGUGCUGUUGCAUCCAGCAUUUCUCUCUGUGGAUGACUUCAAAGAUGUUGAUACUCCAAUUGCUAUACUUGGAGCCGAGAGUGACAAAUAUUGUCCUCCAGAGCUUGUGAAACAAUUUGAAGAACUCCUAGCUGCUAAACCUGGGAUUGUUUUUGUGUUGACAGGUAUCGAGUUUUGUUAAAAUAUAUGGAGAAGUAGAACACGGUUGGGCUGUGAGAUACGACACAGAAGAUGCAGAAGCUGUGAAAGCCGCAGAGGAGGCCCACAAGGACUUGCUGGAUUGGCUUGCUAAACAUCUUAAGUGAGAAUGUUGUUCAGAUACUAUAAUGCCAUGCACUUCUUCUACCCAUAUCCCUAAAAUAUGUCAACACAGUCUUUUUCGUUUUUUACUUUUUCUGUGUUUUUUUUUUAUUAUUGUUGACAGUUCAAUAACUGGUGUAGAACAACGAGAAAAAACUCAACAAGAUUUGAAAAAUAGUUAUCAAACUUAUGUUAUGCUAUUUGAAAAGAACAAGUUUAAGUCACAGAA